GACACGUGGACGCCACAGGAAAGGGAGGAAGUACUUGGCGUGAGGAUGCUGCGGGAGUCGGGUAGGGCUGAGAAAACCCACGUCGUUUGCUAGGGGUGCGCCGGCCGAGGCCGGACCCCUGGGAACCCCCGAGGGACAGAGUCGGGCGUCGGAAACGUGGCCACUCCUGCGGCGUCGGGGAUUCGGAAUCGGAGUCGAAGGCUAAGACUUCAUUCUAAGGAUGCCGAAGGGGAUUUCACCAGCUUGGCGCCGUAGUUCCUUUUUCGGAGCACGUGGGGUGAUGGGGGGCGAUUUUCCCGGGAGAACUUGUCUGCCUCUCCCUCCCCCUAGGCGGUGCGGGCGCCCACGUCCAUGAGGAGAGAGAUGAGUCUAGCUUUGUCAGUCUAUCUCGACUGGGCCCAUCUUUGAAGGAGAAAGACUUGGAAAUGGAGGAACUGAUAUUGCAGGAUGAGACACUUCUGGGGACCAUGCAGAGCUACAUGGAUGCCUCUCUCAUUUCCCUCAUUGAGGAUUUUGGGAGUCUUGGAGAGCAGAGCAGGUUGUCACUGGAGGACCAGAAUGAAAUGUCGCUGCUCACAGCUCUGACGGAGAUCUUGGACAAUGCAGAUUCUGAGAAUCUGUCUCCAUUUGACAGCAUUCCUGACUCAGAGCUACUUGUGUCACCUCGGGAGAGCUCCUCUCUACACAAGCUACUCACUCUCUCUCGGACACCCCCAGAAUGUGACCUCAUCACUCCAAUUGACUCAUUGGGGCCCAGCACAUGCAGUAGUAGAGUGAGUGGGGUUGAGAUGUCUCUUACAGAUUCUCCUUGGGAUUUCUCCCCACCACCUUUCUUGGAUACUUCUUCCCCUAAGCUGCCUAGUUGGAGACCCCCAAGAUCAAGACCACGCAGGGGUCAGUCCCCUUCUCCUCAGCAACGCAGUGAUGGUGAAGAGGAAGAAGAGAUAGCCAGUUUCAGUGGUCAGAUGCUUCCUGGGGAACUCGACAACUCUGUGAAUAGCAGCUCAGACUUCCCCAUGCACCUGGCCUGCCCUGAAGAAGAAGAAAAAUCAACAGCAAAGGUGGCAGUGCCAGCACCUGGUGAUGAGAGCAUCUCCUCCCUGAGUGAGCUGGUACGGGCCAUGCAUCCAUACUGCUUACCCAACCUCACCCACUUGGCAUCACUUGAGGAUGAACUUCAGGAACAGGUAGAUGAUUUGACACUGCCAGAGGGUUGUGUAGUGCUGGAGAUUAUAGGCCAGGCAGCUACAGCUGGUGAUGACUUGGAGAUCCCAGUUGUGGUACGGCAGAUUCCUCCUGGACCCCAAUCUGUGCUCUUGGAUGAUUCACUUGGGGCUAGUCCUGCUUUGCAGCUGCUCAUGCCCACCGUGGAGUCAGGGACAGAAGCUACUGUGCCCAAGGUAGCCUCUUGCUCUGAGCAAGAAGAAUUGUCACUGAACUCAGCCUGCUUAUUGGAGCCUAGGGAAAUCAUGGAGCCAGUAGUACCCAAGGGGCCUCCAAACCCAUCUGCCAGUACAAUUCAGGGUUCUCAGAGAGUUCCCAGAAAGGGCAGGAAGAAGAAGAGCAAGGAGCAGCAGCUGGCACCCUGUGUGGAAGGCUGUACCAGGAGGUUGAGAUCAUCCUCUCGGGGGCAGUCUAUUGUCGCUGUGGAGAUGACCUCUCAGGCAGGCAACUUACAGAACCAGCCUAAGGAAGAACUGCAGAGAGAGGCCGGGCCUCCCCAGAGUAGGGGGAAACCCCGGGCUUGGGCUCGGGCUUGGGCAACUGCCUUGGAGAAGACUGGCUCUGGCAACUUGGAGAGAAGUGCUGGACAAGAUAGUCCUGCUGAAGAAGGUCCUGUAGACCUCUACCCCAAGCUGGUUGAUACUAUCCAAGCCAACCCUGUUCUCUCAUUGAAUGACUCUGCUCAAGCUGACUCCAUGCCAGUUGACUCUGUUGAAGCUGAUUCCACUGCAGUUGACCCUGCUCUAGCGGAUUCUGUACGUGUUGACCAGGCUUCAGCCAGUACAGAGCUGGUUGGGCCUCUCCCAGCAGACUCAGUGCUGACUGGCUCAGUUCGGGCUGACACAACAGCAGCUGAACCUACUGUGGCUGUUCCCCUUUCAGAUAACUUGUCUCCAGUUGAUGCUAUCCCAGUUAACUCAGUGUCAGUUGACCCUGCUCCCAAUGCCCUGGCUUCAGUAGAUCCUGUGCUAGUUAAGUCCAGACCAACUGACCCUAGACGUGCUGCAGCAUCAGCCCAGGGGAGUCUACUUUCCCCAGAGUCCUCAGAGCGCCCUAAGGUGGUCAUCCGUGAAGUCAAGGAGGUUAUAGGUCCUCAGAAGGUGGAAGGUAGUACCAAUGCUACAACCCAGGAAGCCAGACCUCGGCCUCUCAGCCUUUCUGAGUACCGUCGACGAAGGCAGCAAAGACAGACAGAGACAGAAGAGAGGAAUUCCCAGCCCCCAGCUGGCAAGUGGCCCAGCCUCCCAGAGACCCCCAUAGGGCUGGCAGAUAUCCCUUGUCUUGUCCCACCUGCCCCAGCCAAGAAGACAGCCUCACAGAGAAUCCCUGAUGCCAUCCCAGAGGCCUGCUUUGUGCCUGUGGGCGUCAGCCCUUCUAGUCCCGAGCCAUCUGCAAGCAAACCUCUGGUUUCAAAUCACUCUGAACAGGUGCCAUCCCAUGAGAUGCCACUGUCAGCUAGACCUCCUCCUCCUGCUUUGCAGUCCAUGUCUCCUGCUGGACCUAUCCCUCCCACAGUGCCUACUCCUUUGUCUUUUCCCCCAGGAAUACCACCCAUACUGCCCCUUCCUUCUAGUGGGCAUGGAGUACCUAGUCUGCCCCCACCACCUUUGCAAUCUAGUCUUCCAGUGUCUAUGAGACCGGUACCGCCUGACCGUUAUACUCACUAUGUCCCUGUUCCACCCUGGCCUUGUUAUUCCCCUGUGUCCCCUUCUGGCUUUCCUUGUCGGCCCCCACCACCAACGGUGCCCAUGGUGGCUGGUACUUCUGGUACCUAUGCUGUGCCCCCCACUUGCAAUGUGCCUUGGGUACCCCCUCCUGCACCUGUCUCACCUUACAGCUCCAGCUGUGCCUAUGGGCCCAUGGGUUGGGGCCCGGGGCUACAACAACCUCCAUUCUGGUCUGCUGUUUCCCCACCUCCUUUGUCUCCAGUUUCUUCUGGAAGAGGUUUUCUUCCACCCAAGGUGGAGCCCAGUGGCAGUCCACCUGGCCCUCCUGAAAAUGUGUGUCCUGUGCCAGUGACUCCUUCCCUUAGUUCUGGGCUGGCCAAUCCCAUAGCUCCACAGAUAGAGCCUACCAAGCUGGAGGUCAAGCCAGUGCCUGAAUCUCCCCAAAUGGUGUCCAGCAAGGUGUCCACCACGGUGCAAAGCUCCCAGAUCAAGGCUCCACCUUAUCUGUCUGCUGAAGAUAAGGUUGUAGGGGAGUCUGCAUCAGAGAGGUUAAAGCCUGAGGCCCAGGAGAGCCGACCAAAAGAGAAGCCCCUCCCUACAGCUAUCAAGUCUGUUCCCAUACCAAGACAGGGCACUGUCCCAAAGCUGCCUGCUGUUCAUCCAGCCCGUCUAAGGAAGCUCUCCUUCUUGCCCACCCCACGUACCCAGGGUGCUGAGGAUGUGGUACAGGCAUUCAUCAGUGAGAUUGGAAUUGAAGCAUCGGACCUGUCCAGUCUGUUGGAGCAGUUUGAGAAAUCAGAAGCCAAAAAGGAGUGUCCUCUCCCGGCUCCUGCUGACAGCUUGGCUGUAGGAAACUCAGGCAGCCUUGACACUCCCCAGGAGAAGAGACCCCUAGACCGGUUACAAGCCCCAGAACUGGCCAACGUGGCAGGGCUCACCCCUCCAGCUACCCCUCCCCACCAGUUAUGGAAGCCCCUGGCUGCUGUCUCACUGCUGGCCAAAGCCAAAUCUCCUAAGUCCACCGCCCAGGAGGGAACCCAGAAGCCAGAAGGAGUUACAGAGGCCAAACAUCCAUCUGCAGCCUGCCUCCAAGAAGGGGUCCAUGGUCCUAGUCCAGUCCAUGUGGGCUCUGGGGACCAUGACUAUUGUGUCCGGAGCAGGACACCCCCCAAAAAGAUGCCUGCCCUAGUCAUUCCAGAGGUGGGCUCCCGAUGGAACGUCAAACGCCAUCAGGACAUCACCAUCAAACCUGUCUUGUCAUUGGGCCCAGCUGUUCCCAUACUUCCAUGCACAACUGCUUCUCAGGAGCCACUUGAUCACAGGACUAGCAAUGAGCAGGCAGAUCCUUCAGCGCCUUGUCUUGUCCCGUCUAACUUGCUGUCUCCUGAGGCCUCACCCUGCCGGAAUGACAUGAACACUAGGACUCCCCCUGAGCCCUCAGCCACGCAGCAGUCAGUGCGCUUUUACCGAAAAGCCUGCAGGUCAGUCAGCCCCCCAAGCCGGGGCUGGCAGGGCCGCCGGGGUCGCAGCAGCCGUUCUGUCAGCUCUGGGUCCAACAGGACCAGUGAAGCAUCUUCCUCCUCCUCCUCAUCGGCGUCGUCCUCAUCCCGGUCCAGGUCCAGGUCCAGGUCCCUCUCCCCCCCCCACAAGAGGUGGCGAAGGUCCAGUUGCAGCUCCUCUGGACGUUCCAGAAGAUGUUCUUCCUCUUCAUCUUCCUCCUCAUCGUCCUCAUCCUCAUCCAGCUCCAGAAGCCGGUCUCGCUCCCUGUCCCCUCGCCGGAGAAGUGACAGGAGGCGGCGGUACAGCUCUUACCGUUCACAUGACCAUUAUCAAAGGCAGAGAGUGCUGCAGAAGGAGCGUGCAAUAGAAGAGAGAAGGGUGGUCUUCAUUGGGAAGAUACCUGGACGCAUGACCCGAUCAGAGCUGAAACAAAGGUUCUCUGUUUUUGGAGAGAUUGAGGAGUGCACUAUUCAUUUCCGUGUCCAAGGUGACAACUAUGGUUUCGUCACUUACCGCUAUGCUGAGGAGGCAUUUGCAGCCAUUGAGAGUGGUCACAAGUUGCGGCAGGCAGAUGAGCAACCCUUUGAUCUUUGCUUUGGGGGCCGCAGGCAGUUCUGCAAGAGGAGUUAUUCUGAUCUUGACUCCAAUCGAGAAGACUUUGAUCCUGCUCCUGUGAAGAGCAAAUUUGAUUCUCUUGACUUUGACACAUUAUUGAAACAGGCCCAGAAGAACCUCCGGAGGUAUCUGUGUGUGUGUACAUGUGGAGGCCAUAGGACAACUUCGGUGCCAUUCUCAGGAUUUUCAACCACCUUGUUGGCCUGAAGCUCACUGUUUAGGACAAAUUGGCUGGGGACCUGCCAGGGAUUCUCCUGUCUCUACCUCCUCAGCACUGGAAUUGCAAGUAUGCAUUACCACACCUGGCAGUUUUGGAUUUCUACAUACGUUCUGGGGAUCAAAUUCAUGCGCAAGGCUAUUGUGCCAUCUCCCCAGUCUUUUUAAUUUUGUUGUACUGGGUUUGGUCUUAUACAUUGGAGGCAAGAGCUAUACUACUGAGCUUCCCUACCCCCCUUUUUAAAAAAAUUUUAUUGGGACU